AUGUCCACACCAGCAGCUGCCAUGGUCGGCUACGAAGCGCCGCCGAAGCUCGAGAAAAAGCCCGUCAAGUUCAGCAAUCUGCUGCUGGGCGCGGGAUUGAACCUGUUCGAGGUCACGACGCUGGGCCAGCCUCUGGAGGUCGUCAAGACGACUAUGGCCGCCAACCGGGCAGACGGCAUGGCAGGUGCUAUCUCGAGGAUAUGGGGUCGUGGUGGCGUAUUAGGCUUCUACCAAGGCCUUAUCCCAUGGGCCUGGAUCGAAGCCUCAACCAAAGGCGCCGUCCUCCUCUUCGUCGCCUCCGAAGCCGAAUACUACGCGCGCUCCUUCGGGGCCUCCAACUUCGUCGGCGGCAUCUCCGGCGGCAUGGUCGGCGGCCUCGCGCAAGCCUACGCGACAAUGGGCUUCUGCACGUGCAUGAAGACGGUCGAGAUCACAAAGCACAAGGUGGCGGCCGCGGGCAUGAAGCCGCCGGGGACGAUGGAGACCUUCAUGCAGAUCUACCGCGCCGAGGGCAUCAGGGGCAUCAACAAGGGCGUCAACGCCGUCGCCGUCCGCCAGGUCACCAACUGGGGCUCCCGCUUCGGCCUGUCGCGCGUCGCCGAGACUGGCAUCAGGAACGUCACGGGCAAGAGCGAGACCCAGAAGCUCAGCGUCACGGAGAAGAUUCUCGCGAGCGCUAUUGGUGGUGGCCUGAGUGCUUGGAACCAGCCUAUCGAGGUCGUGCGGGUCGAGAUGCAGAGCAAGACCGUCGAUCCGAACCGGCCGAAGAACUUGACGGUUGGGAAGGCGUUCAGGUAUAUUUACCAGAAUAAUGGCAUUAAGGGGCUGUACAGGGGCGUUACGCCUAGGAUUGGGCUCGGCGUUUGGCAGACGGUUUGCAUGGUUGCGUUGGGUGACGUUGCCAAGGAUGCGGUCGAGGCGCUCACUGGCGACAAGGUCACCGCGAAGCAUUAA